AUGUCUAUGGUAUCACAAACGCUGCAGGGCGCGGUGCUCAGCAUCACGUCCAACGUCCUCGCGCAGGGACUGUCAGCAUACAAGGAUAGCACACCCUUUUCUCUCAACAUCAGCCAAGUCCUGAAGUUCGCCAUAUUCAGCAUCGUCAGCAACCCACCGAACAUCGUCUGGCAAGGUCUUCUCGAAGACUUGUUCCCUACAAAUGUCGCUUCGACCGCCCACGACCCAGACGUCAAGACCGUCAAGCCUGCCAAGACCGAGAAGAGCACGAAGAACAUCCUGAUCAAAUUCCUGCUUGAUCAGACAGUCGGCGCUGUGGUCAACACGCUCAUGUUCCUGGUCUUUAUGGGCUAUGUGAAUGCCUCGCAGCAGGGUACACUAAGCACUCGGAGCACAUGGGACAUUAUCAGGACGGACUGCGAGCAGAAGCUGUGGCCAAUGAUCAAGGACGGGUAUAAGUUCUGGCCUGCGAUCAGCUUGAUCAGCUUCGUCUGGAUACCUGUCGACAAGAGAGUGGUCUUUGGUUGCUCGGUCGGUGUGGUGUGGGGUAUCUACCUCAGCCUCAUGGCUGGCGCAUAA